AUGUCCAAUGAGGCCUGCUUCGUGGAGGUGGGGCCGCAGCAUCAUCAAGCCGGUACUAUAUCUCUGGAAAGCCUGACCAGCAUGUUUCUAAAGAGUUUUGAAGAUCACCAUAUUGACAUUCCAUUUUCCAAUGUAGAGAAGUGGAUGAAGGAUUGGGCUCCAGUGGAGCAGUAUCUUCAUGCAACACGUCCCAUAGGCUCUAUAGGCUCCUAUGCGAGCCCGGAGGAGCAAACAAAGCAUUUUGUAUCAUUAUUGCUUUGCUUUGCAAUAGACUUUAAUUCAUCUAUUGAAGAUACAAGGGACACCUUCUGCAGCGGGGAAGAUGAUUCCUUGCUGUUGUUACUGAUUAUAUACACCGAGUUAUUUGUUGCCCAUGUGCGUGGACCCGCGCACUUUGCAGUCAAACAUGCUUGUAUUAUUGAAGACUAUCUCCACGAGUUCUGUGACGCGGCAAAGGACCUUCUAACUGGAUUGAGGCCGGUAGUCCUCACCGCAAACUCUGGCUGCCGACCUCAAGGGGCACGGCCAGCAGGUUCAUCUAUUUCAGUUAUGUUGAUAUGUCAUGUUCUUUGGUUCCUGCUACCUAAAACAAAGGUUGAUAGAUUUAAACUUUGUCAUGCUAAGUUACAACAUGUUCCAUAUUAUCUAAUAGCUGACACCACAAUUGGUCUGACCUGGCGCUGUGCAAUGGUCAAUUACAUCGUUGAAAACAGGCUUAUUUGGGAAAAAGAUGUCGAUUCCGAUGUAUUUCUAACAAGCGUCUUUAAACCCUGCCUAGACGGUAUAAAUUCACUGGUUCUCCAACUCGAUCUUCACACAGACGCAGGUAUUAUGCAAUUGCUGAAGUCUAUGUUGUUUAUUUACUUGUUGAUAGAAACAUAUGAUAUAGAUAGACUCUUUAAGAUCCUCAAGGACGCAGAUUCCUCCUUUGCUGACACAGACUAUAAUGGAACUGCCUCGUAUUUUGGGUUUCUGGACGCCGUCUCUAUCAGGUCUGUCCAUACAACCGAUCCAAAUGCAAGGAAGACCCUUGUUCGCACUCGUUCUGUUUCCAACUUACAAACCCACUCCUUGACUAUGCCCUCAAGCAACCAACCGACUACCAUAACAAGCUUUACUUGUUUCAUAACUUUGUUAACAACAUGGGCAAAACUGAUCUACACUCAACGAGAUGAGCUCAUGACUAACCCCUGUGCCUUUCAGGAGAUAUGUAGAUUGCUAUUCUGUUCUGUUUCCGUGUUGCUGUUCUCAUUACUGACAUGUCUAGGAAAUUUGUCCAGCAGCGCAGUCCCGCUAUCACUGACUAAUUUCAGUUACAUUCUACGAUGCGGAUUGCUCUUUGUAGGAGCAAACCCUCUAGGAAAGGCAACUGAAUUGGAAUAUCAAGCAGCGUGCCUGCUAUAUCACCUAGAUAAGGUAGUUCAGUGCCACCUGGAUACGGUAGCUCAUCAGAAGUUAGAUCUUCUAGGAUUUAUAGAAGAUGACAAGCUACGGAAUACUAAGGACUUCUUAUUUAGACAGGUACAUGCUGAAAAGGAUGCUGAGCACAACAACAACGUAUGCUCCUACUUUGGGCUAUCUUCUGAAGAAGUGGGAUUGAGUGGUGUAACCCCGGUUCAUCUUAAGUACACUAGUGCGGGGUCUCUUUACUUGUUACCAACCGUUUCGAAUGAUCUCUUUAGUCCAGGGCCUUCCUACCUCAUUCAGUCAGCUGCCGAUCCUUGCCUUCAUACAUUACCUUUUCUGCGCACACAGGUUGUUGCUGCUGUUCAGUUUAUUAUUUUUCAUGUAGCUCAACAUGAAAAUGCGAUCAUUUCGGGCUCAUUCUACCCCGAAACCAUUUCUAUUAAAAUUUUAGAUCCUCAAUUUUCAGCAGUCAUUGAAGUGAUAGCAGAGUAUCUCUCCCAUGAAGAACUAUCAAUCGAUAAGGAUUUGAGCGAGCUGCUUUCUAGCAGCUUUAUACAAAGUCUCAUGCUUCUUCUUUAUGCCUAUUCAGUUUGCUAUUCUAAGCAGUUCUUAGAUAAGAAUAAUAUACUUUACAGUCAGCGCUAUCAUCUUCUCUCUGUUAUAGUUCAAUUAAUUUUAGACCUAUUACUGACACUGCCCCACGAAAGUGUACUGAGUGCACUGCUAUAUAAACCAGAGCUCUGCUUGUUACCGUCUGCUCUUUUGUCUAUAUUUCAGAGCCUAUCAUGUCCAAAGCAAAUACACCUUCACAUGCCCUUGUUGUUGGUGGUUCUUGACCUGUUUAAUGAGUUUGUUUGUAGAGUGACAAAGUACACCACAGCCUGUCCUGCGCUUACCUCUCCAUGCGAUAAUGAUAUCUCUGCAGAUGUCAAAACCCUGGUAUCUAGCACCGAUUUUGCUAAGUCCGCUAUCAACUUAAUGGAAAGGCUCAUUACAGGCGAGUGGGCCAACAUAGGACGGAACUGCUCUAGCGUUGUCGAGCUCCUCCUUCUGGGCCUGAUUGAGUAUUUUCAUUUGUCUCCAAAAAGCACUACACUGCUUACGCAACAACGAAAAGUACCACUUCAUAUCAUAAAGUUCCUCAAAUCUAUCACAUUGCACAUGCAGACUAAGCAGCCAAUCGAAUCAUCUAAAUCGAGCAGUGAAGACAUCGUUUUGUUCUCUGCAAUGGGAGACAUAUCUUUUCUUAUGAAUUCCCGAACCAUUGAGAUUUCUAUAUCUAUCUUACUCUUUUACAAAAGCGAUUUAAUCACCUUCAUCAAGGAUUCUUAUAGUACGGGCACCCUUGAAUGCAUUGUUAACAUUUUCCUAUCAAAUCCCCCUCGCUACCCAUACUCGCGAUGUAGGUAUCUACCGUUUUUUGCCUAUGUCUUUAUCUAUGGGUACCCGAAUAAAUCCCUUGCUCACACGGCUGGCUCCGUUAUUUGGACUUCUGCAAAUUAUCUCUUAUGGCCUAGCUCACUGCUAUACGGGUUUUUGGAUACCUUGGCCAUUCUCCGUACAUCAAGACAUAGUUUUGGGUUCUAUAAUCUUCUGCUUCACCAGUUGUUCGCCGGUAUCCUUGGGAGAAACUCGUUAGAUAGGCUCUCUAGCUUCCCGUCUGUACUACAGCUAAAGCAGGCCCUGGAACCCCGUGCUCAAUUUAACGAUAUCCUCGAAUUGGAAUGCUGCGCACCAUAUGCAAAACAACAGGAGAUGGAGCCCUUGCCGUUCUGCAUAGUUAUCAUUGAACAUCUUCUUUCGUUGUUUAAAAUUCAGAAGCCGCUAUCAACGUGGCAAUCUGUUCAAGCAUUGGCCGUACCAUCUCUUUCUGUCAAAGACAUAUUUAGCGUCAACCUUCCAGAUGCGCUGUUUAACAUUCGCGAGAAUGAGGUACAGAUAAGGCGAGGCCCACACAUGCAAAAGUUUAAGCAAUUCCUUAUGCGGGUCUUCUAUUUGAAUAACACGCACAACGCGAAACGGAUUCAAUCUUUUGCUUCUGUUUGCAGUCUUCGCAGUCAUAUCAUAUACCUAUCUAACAGACUACGUAAUGAUCCUCUAUUACCUCUUAUCCUGCUUUUCAUUUUAUUACACACUACGUGCAGUCUCAAGAACUGGAUUUACGAGAUAGCAGGGUGGACGACCGCCUAUGAAUGCGUCCCUGUUUUCACUAAUACCUUGUGCUCCAUUUGGCAUGCUAUACCAGCACUGAUGCAAGAGUCAGAUUGCAAUGACCUUCACCACAAGUAUUUGCACCUUCUUGUGGACCUUCUAGAGGAGCUACUCCUUAAUAGCUUUCAUUCUCCGCAAAGACUAUCUACUACUUCGGGGGUGCUACGGUCUACUUAUGACAAUGCCAGGACCAUGAGAAAGAAACACUCACCAUCAGAAUUUAAGGUGGACUCUACCCUAUCGCCUGCUAACAUGUACUAUGCAGAUGGUCAGUUAAUAUUUAAUACUGCUGCUGUGUUUGCCAUCUGGACAGGCUAUCUACACCUCCUCCUUUCUUUCCUCACCACAAAGAACGUGGUGGCAACUGUCGAGAGCGCCAAGAUAAACCCACUCAAGCUGGUGCUUGUAUUAACUGCUCUCCUGGAGAACUGUUGGGUUGUGUCUAGUGCCUGCUCACCAAACAGCUUUAUCCAGCCCCUCUGUUCUAAUAUAUCUAAACUGCAGUCACAGGCGCUCCCUUUGAUGGUUCAGCUGUUGGCAGACAUGUGCAGCCUUCCGAAUGAGUGCGAGUAUAUCAAUUUUAUACUGUCUUGUGAGCGCAGUGAUGUACCCAACUUUAGUAUUCUCAAAUCGCUAAUCAAAAAGUUUAAUGUGGGUGCGUACCAGCACCAUAAAACCAAGGGCAAGCAGCGAAUAGCAUCGCCGCCGACACUCCUUUCAGUUAAUAGCUUGGAGAUUGAAAAGUCACAUGCUUUCAUUUGUCAGCAGCUAAAGAAGUACUUUAAAGAUGACGAUAUUAUUUGCUGGCUUUUCAAAAACAAGUGGAGUUUCUUCCAUGUUGCUAGGUCUGUCAACAUAGCUCUCUGUGCCAAGCUUGGAUUUGAGUUUUACCACACACGGCUCAGUGAUCCUGGUUUCGAAGAUUUCCUUUGCAACCUAUUACAUUACUUUCGUUUCUUCUAUAAUCCCAGAGCUAUGCAAUGGGUUGCAUUCAGCGAAAAAGUCACAAAUCAUAAUCAAAUUUUUUCGCAAAUAGAAGUCGAUUGCCCUGGAUUUCCAGAGUUACCCAGUUGCUCUCUCGUGGACCUGAUCGUGCAUACCUUGAAGCUGUCAUUAGCCGUGCCAUCUCUACUGGGUAAUUCUGUCCGGUUGUUGGAAGUUUUAUCUUUUGUAACUCUAUUGUCCAAUCACAUCUUCCAUCCAAACAGUUCCUUCACCUACGAAGACAUACAGGUACUGAGCUCUGUACUCCAGUUAGUACUCCAGUCACACAAUCCACGUGAAUUUGAAAAGGGAGUCAUGGCCAUCCACGCAGUAAUAGCAAAUCUUUUCAUACUAGAAGAAGAAUAUCACCGCGUUCCUAGCUGCACGAUAGUGACCAGAGCAGAGCUUUCUACACGAUAUGAUUCUGUACUUCAGGAAGAUACUGGGCUAAAGCUUUUGCUCCGUGGUGGUUCUGCGAUGUUACCUCUGUCACCCUCUCUGAUACCAGUUGCUAGCCUCAGGUUUAUGUUAGAGCAUAAGGGCUGGAAUAAUUCCGAAACGACAACUCUAGUGAUAGCAUUGAUUGAAUUCAUCUUUUCUCGAGAGCACCGAGCAAGCAUAUUCCUGUCAUCUCAAGUAUGUUUUCAACUUCUUAAUAACAUGAUUGCAACUAAUCUAAUUGAUUCGUACUGCAAGAAAAUGAAAAUCAUACAGACCAUGAUGGAGGGCAUAAGGAUUCUUCCUCUUUCUAAGCUGUGUACAUCUGAUUUAAGCUUCUCGACGAGAUAUGAUGUAUUUGUGCUUUGCCUACAUGCAGUAACCUAUAAGCUCCAACAAGACAUACGAACAUGUGCACCUGGCAGCAUAGACAUGACGAAAUUGCUGCCUAAUACUAAUGUAUUGCAAAGAGAAGAGGAAGCCAAACAAAACACCAAUGCUUAUUCUUCUGCAAGAGAAGUGCUUUGUACUGAAGACAAAAAAUCCUAUGGAUGCCUUGUCCAAGCGCUGAAAGAUUACUGUACUGAAUGCGUUUUCCCGCACUCCCCCAUGUACUCGGAUCUCCAUGAGACAAUACCUAUCCCGAACCAAAUGCAGCCCCCCAAUCGAUGUAUUUUUGAAGAUCUGGGGGAUGAAAGCUUGGCUUUGUCACCAUAA